ACUGAUAAGAUAGUUUCCAUUAUCAACCUUUUGUAUCGUUUCAACUUCAUUGUCGGUUAGUCGUUAGUGACAAACAGUUGUUUUCGUAUGUGAUGUGUAUGUAUGUAUGUAAUACUCGACAAAUGUUCUUGUUAAAGUCAAAACAAUGAAACCGUGCUGUAUUUUAAUAUAUAAUUGUACACAGUGGUUGUGCCAGAGAGCUGUGUCGUUUUUUCAAUUCAUAUUUUUUUGCUUCACUGGCAACAAAGUACAUUCAGCAUCGGAAACACGUACGGUGGAGGUGGGUUUCAUAGACCCGCUGGACAAGAAGAAACACAACAAGAUCAAGACGUCCAAGUACAGCCUACUCCUGUUCAUCCCGAAGAACCUGAGCGAACAGUUCCGCAGAGUUGUCAACUUCUACUUCUUGAUAGUUACACUCAUCGCCUUCUUAAUCGAAAGUCCAGUGUCACCAUUCACUAGCGUCCUGCCACUAAGCUUUGUGGUGCUAGUGACUGCUGUGAAGCAAGGAUUUGAGGACUAUCUGAGGCAUAAGGAGGACAAGAAGGUCAACAACCAAGUGGUGGAUAUAGUGCACAAGGGAGUGAUCAAGAAAGUCACCAACUCCAGCAUCGCACCGGGCACACUGGUCCGGGUGGGACGUGGCAAAGAGGUACCGGCCGACCUGGUCCUCCUGUGUUCGGCUGACGUCAAGGGAAAAUGCUUUGUGACCACUGCCAACCUCGAUGGAGAGACCAAUCUGAAGACGCUGCGCGUGCCACCGCCUCUUGUUGGCUACACAGCAGAUAUUCUACCACAAGGCAUACAGAUAGAAAUACCGAAUCCUAUAGCAGAUCUGUACACCUUCUAUGGCCGCUUGAAUAUUCCCGGUCAGGACACAAUAGUUCUGAGCACGGAUAAUUUAAUGCUGCGAGGGUCCAGGGUCAAAAAUACAGACUGGGCAAUCGGUUGCGCUAUUUAUACCGGGGAAGAAACGAAGCUAGCCCUAAACUCAAAAUAUACUGGGAACAAGUUCUCGUCAUGCGAAUCAGCAAUGAACUCUUUUCUACUCGUGUUCAUACUCCUACUUAUGCUUAUGAUUUUGAUCUCCUACGCUGCCAAGAUUAUUAUAGAGUCGGUCAGAGUAGAAAAGGAAGCAUACCUCGGUCCUGCUCCCCCGCUUCCUCCGUCCGUGAGACAAGUGUUUCAGGACAUGUUCUCGUUUCUACUGCUGUAUUACUACAUCAUCCCCAUGUCGUUGUACGUCACCAUCGAGUUAAAUAAGUAUAUUGGCACUUAUUUCUUCACGUGGGACGCGGACUUGCGCUGCGAGGAGACCGGCAAGCCGGCCAUGGCCAACACCUCAGACCUGAACGAGGACCUGGGCCAGAUCGAGGUGCUGUUCUCCGACAAGACCGGGACCCUCACCAAAAACCUGAUGGUGUUCAAGGCGUGCUCGAUCAAAGGACACGUGUACGAGGAGAGAGACGGCAAACUUUACAGCACUGAAGGUUUUGAACAUCCAAUGGAUUACACAAACAAUGAUGUCAAGUUUUUCUUCACGAUACUAGCGCUAUGUCAUUCUGUUCAAAUAUCUAGUGACGAUAUGAAGAAACUCAGUGCACGGUUGUCCCUAUCACCAAAUAUUUUAGACUUCUUCAAGAGAAAGAAAAACAAAACAGAUGUGCCAAACGGCACAGCUGUCAAUGGUGGUGUGGACAAUGGCACGUGGAACUCUCAGCUAUCAGAUAAUGGUAGCAAAAUGGACUAUCAAGGCAGCAGUCCUGAUGAGAAGGCUUUAGUGGAAGCGGCUUGCAGGGUCGGGAUUACUUUUUUAGGCGAGGACGGUAACGAUCUACUCUUAAAGAUAGGCGAACACACAGAAAUGUACGAAAAACUACAGGUUUUGGAGUUUACGUCAGAACGAAAACGAAUGUCGGUGAUUGUCAGAGAUAAAAACGGAAAGAUUUGGCUCUUUUGUAAAGGCGCUGAAAGUUCAAUAUUCCCUAUUUGCAAAAAUUCAGUCAUUAUGGAGGACACGGACAGAGACGUAAAUGAGUUUGCCAAUAAAGGUCUAAGGACGUUGGCUGUAGCGUAUAGAGAAAUACCCGAGGAAGAAUAUCGUAGCGUAGUGGACAUGAUAAGAACGGUGGACGUUACGGACGCGGAGACACUGCAGCAGGUGUCACAGCAAUACCGCAUGUUGGAGCGGCAGCUGACCCUGGCGGGGGCCACCGCCGUAGAAGACUGUCUUCAAGACGACGUGGCUGACACCAUCGCCUCGCUGCGGAGGGCCGGCAUCAAGAUAUGGGUGCUGACCGGGGACAAGGUAGAAACAGCAAUCAAUGUGGCGCAGUCGUGCGCUCACAUAUCCGACAGCGACAGGCGAAUGUUCCUCGUAGGCAUCAAAAACGAGGACGAAUUGAUCACCCAUCUGGCUGAGUGCACUCGAAUAAUGAACGAACCGAGCUACAAGGAUCUCACGCUCAUCAUAGAUGGCGCUAGUGUGGCGCAGAUACUGGACACGUCCUACGCGAAAAUCUUCGUCGAGAUAACGAUGAACUGCCACGCUAUACUGUGUUGCAGGCUGUCGCCGAUACAGAAGGCGAAGAUAGUGAAGAUGGUGAAGGAGUGCCCGCAGCGGCCUCUGACGGCGGCCAUUGGGGACGGCGCCAACGACAUCUCCAUGAUACAGGAGGCGCACGUAGGCUUCGGCAUAUUCGGCCGCGAAGGGCACCAAGCCGCCAGGUCUGCUGACUUCGCUUUCACAAAGUUUUCGAUGCUGAAGAAGAUAAUUUUAGUUCUGGGUCAUUGGUACUACCAGAGACUGACUACGUUAAUACUUUACUUUUUCUAUAAAAAUUUAAUCUUAGGAAAUAUUAUGUUCUUCUUUCAAAUACACUGCGCGUUCUCGACGCAGUCCGUGUACGACUCCAUGUUCCUGACGGUUUACAACUUGGUACCGACCUCGGUGCCCUGUCUGGUGCUCUCUCUUACCGAACAACGCUUUCCGCCGGGCCUGCUCAUCAAUAACCCGAUGCUGUAUCGUCACAUAAGCCGCAACCGCCUACUGUCCUGGUGGCGACUGGGUGGGUGGUGCGUGUCGGCCGCCUACCACUCGCUGGCGGUGUACGCGGUGACGGCCGCCGCCUUCUACGUGCCCGUCAUCAACGACGAUAUGAACACCGUCGACCUGUGGUCGUUUGGUGCGAUGUUGUUUCAUCUGAUGGUGCUCAUAGUUUCGCUCAAACUGUGGUUGCACGCGCGGUACCACACUUUGAUUUUGGUGUCGUCGAUCGUGCUAUCCGUCCUCGUAAAUGUGGCCACCAACGUCUUUUACGCCUCCUUUAACUUUCAAUACGACGGUGACGUACUUGGAACGUACACGCGGUUGAUAGUGUCAUUACCGUUUUGGUUAGCCAACGUGUUAGUGGUAGUGGCCGCUUUGGGGCCAGACUUUUGUGCCAGACUAGUGUCAGACUACAGGUUUAAACGGACACUUCUACCGGCUAGGACGCAGACUACAUUCUCUACCAGAUUGUGAUAGUGAAAAUCUUAGUUUUUAAGUAUAGAACAAUUAAAUGAAUAUGUGUGUGAAAUAGAAGGUGGAUUUUAAAAUCUCACGUUAUUUAUAAGUAAUGAAAAUUCUCGGGCUCUAGGAAAUAUUACAUAACAUUACUGUCGUUACAGGGUAUAAAAUGCACACAUGUCAAUAACUUUAAAAACUUUAACUUCUUUUCUCCUUUUCUAGCAGCCCCUUUUUGAGAUUGUUAUAAAAGAAAACGACCGACGUACAGAAUAUUUUUAACGUGAGUUGUAAUAAGACGGGUAUUUUGCUUAACUUGAAAAGUUAAUUAAAAAAUAAUUAAGAAAAACAAAAGGGCUGUGACUUUGGUUUUUUUGUAGAAAAAGCUAGGGCCACCGUUGUAAGCUUUUCACUAAGUAAACAAAGAAUAUAUUUUUGUAAUGACAAAGACGUCACUCUCUGAGGUACUCGCAUGUUGAAAGUUCUAUAAGUAUUUUUGUACCAAAUUAUGAACGUUAAGAAAUAAUGCAGAUUUCGCACUAUUAAGGGGACCAGAAAUAUGUACAUUUUUAUAUGUAAGUGUUAUGUUGUUAUUGUAUUUAUUGAAUAAAAUCUAGUCAUUUAAAUGUAAAAUAAAAUACUGGUUUGGCCACACCACACCACACCACACCCGGACAAAGAGUAAUGUAAGUAUUUUGUACCUACUUAUAUUAUUCGCAGCCAUGUUGAUUUUGAUUAUGAAAAGUAAAAAAGACUUGACGAACGAAAUAUCCUUUUAUUUUACAUUUCACUAAUGUAAGUGCCACAAACACAUAUCAUACACAGAUAUUACGCAUUGAUAUUAGUAAGAAACUUCACGGUCAAGUCUCGCGUCGCGAUGGAACUCAUCACCAGCCUAUUAAUGUCCCCACUGC